AUGAGGAUGCUUUUCUUACACCCAAACAAGAACUCCACCAGUGACAUUCACAUUGUGUUGUGGAAAGUACUUUGUUGGCUAUUUGCCCUAUAUUUGUUUUGUGUGAUUGUGUUGGCCGUUCCAGUAUCGUCAAAGGGACGUAUAUGCACUAAACUUGUGCCACAGACAAAGGUGAUUCCAAAGCAGUCAACAAAAUUGUGCAAUCAGUCUUAUCAGGCACAUUGUGGAUGGUUUACUCGAGAGAUGUGUACAUUUUAUGAGCAAGUUGAAUGUGAAGAAGUGAAGAAUAUAACAAAACUUGUUCCCAAGAUAGUGUAUGUUUGCUGUCCUGGAUGGGUGCAACUUAGCAACCAGUCUUGCAUACGUGAAGAGGAUGCUGGGAUAUUUUACAAAGAUAACACAACACAAAUUCAUAUUGUCUAUGAAGGUAUUUUGCCUGGAGAUCCUGAAAAACAUUCCGAGGUUUAUGAAGAUGAAGACAUUUCUGAGCUAUCCUCUGGUGCAUUUGCUGCAGUUGCCUGUGCUGGGUUAUUUAUUUUGUGUGUAGCAAUUGUUAUUGCUAUACAUGUACGGAAAAGACAAAAACGACUUCAAAAGGAGGCAGAAAUGGAAAAUAUUACCAUGGAAGAGCAGAAGAUGGUGUUGUCAUAGUUCAGAUGCAAAAACUCUUAUACAUGUCUGGGCCUAUCUUAUAAAACUGUUAGAGUAAGAACAUCACUUGCAUACAAUUUGUAUGGUGUUGCCAUGAUGUUAAAGUCUCAGACUAUUAGUCUUGAACGCAUUAUAAACACAGGGCCAGGUGGCAUUCCGUAUCACAGAGUGUGGACUGUUUUUUAAUUACAUUGCAGUAAAAUAAACUUAUUGGUGGCUGGUACACCAUCACUCACUGUCUCUUUAAUGGGUCUAUAUAUCAGACACUUUUUAACAGUUUCAAACUGGUUGAUUUCUUUUUUUUUCUUCUUUUUUUUUUUUUUCUUCUUUUUUUGAGGGGGAGUGAUGGUUGGGUAGUGGGCUUGCAUGUUGUAUGUAGAUCAUUAUAAUGAAAACAGGCCAUCAGGUUUGUGAAUUCCAGGCAAGCUGCCCGACAUAAAUAUAUUUUGUAGAUUGAUGAUUAAUCACUCCAGCCCUAAUCAAGUGGGAAUGUAUGCAAUGAAAAAAAGAAGCCUAACAAAUGAUGAUUGUAGGGCCUUUGGAAAACUUUCUGAAAGUAAUUGAUGCGUGUAAUCUCUGUAGUUUGAGGUUAUUGGUGGGUAUCAAUAAGACAACUAAACAGACGGCUAUAAUAUUGCUUGAAAAUUGUGUACAGUUUUGUAUGCAAACUUGAAUUAUUUAUUUUUCACUGUAUUUUUAAACGGAUACAUGUACAUGUUUGGCUGUGAAGUAUGAUUAAAUAUUGGCAAAUAGUGAACUUUUUUAAGUGAAUCAGUAAUUCAUUAAUGGUUUAAUGACACCUCAGCACAAAAACAAAAAUACAUGGGUUACUGGGUGUCAAAGUGUGUGUGUGUGAGUGUGUGAGUGUGUGAGUGUGUGAGAGAGAGAGAGAGAGAGAGAGAGAGAUAGAGAGAGAUAGAGAGAGAGAGAGAGAUAAGUAAACUUAAAUGUAACUACAAGGAAAUAAUUGGUGUAACAACACUGCUUAAUAUGCUGAAUUUAACAGUACAGGUUGAAUGUAGUAACACAAUAAAUCUGCCAUUUCACCUGUGCUUACAACUUAGAUGUCAGUUGAGUGAACUAAAUAGAUUGUUGAACAGUAGGGGUGUGUUUCUGUAACAAUUCCAGCAUGUACAGUACAAAGUUAAUAAUGUGUUCAUUUAGUUCCUGUACAUAGAGAUCAAUCACUAGCAACUACUAUAGUACGAUUUAGCUGUUGUAUCUCUCAAAAUACUCUUGAUUUACAAACUCAGUGUUAGUUGUAAAUUUGGAAAAUGUUUGAUAGUCCUGAGAUCAGUAUUGUAAUUAGAAAUUAUUUAUUUGUCACAACUUUGAAUAGUUACAGCUACUUUAAAACAUAUUUAUUUAACUGUCACACUUAACUAAUAUAUUUUUGUAAAUAUACUUGUAAAUAUUUUAUUGACGACUAGUUUGUAAAAAAAUUAAAACAUCAACAUAUAUUUAUUAAACAUUGUAAUAUUAAGAGGGAGAUUACUUUGUAAACAAUGUAAUCUGGGAACUAUUAACUUUACUACAACAUUUGAAUAAAGCAACCAUGCAUAGGCCACAAUAUUGUUUUUAGACUUUUGCCAUGGGUGAUUUGAACAUAAUACAAGUUUACAUCUGUAUAUUUCCUGUUAUUUUCAUAAACCUGUAAUUAUCUAUUUUUUCUGUGUACCUGGAUGUUUAAAUACUCCAUUAGAGAUAUCUUCUUCUUCUUGUGUUAUAAAAAUGUCUUUACAAGCUGUGAUCACUUAAGGUAUUCUGAAGUAUCACCCAACCUGACAAUUGGGGUUGGACACCGCUAUACUCUUUGGCGUGCAUUUACAUUCAAUUUCUACAUCAGAAUACAUUAUUUAAAACAACUAAGGAUUGUCUGUUAUUUCUUUUAUGUUCAUCUGGGUAUGAAUAACAAAAAUCACCUGGAAACUGUGAAUCAGCGAAGCCGUUCUCACAUAGGUUUGCAGAUAAUUUUGUUUUGUUCAUACCCAGAUGAAGGUUACAAGCUGUUUUUGAUACUGAGCUAAUUGAGGUACAAAGGAUGUAAUCCUUUUAGCCAUAAUUAUUUUCACUGGAAUGGGUUUCUGUUGAAUGGUUAUAAAAAAAUGUCAAGUGUCACAUUCUGAAAACCAUGGCCAUGUUUGUUUGAAGUACAAUUUGUAAAACAGCUGAGGUGUUCCAAAUACUUUUUAUUGACAUCACAUUUUGCCAGCUGUGCUUUGAUUAGCCGAUUGAAAGAUCACCUGGAUGUGAGAUUCCUCAGAUUUUAACAUAAACUGGAUUGUAUACGAUCCCAUUCACUCAUUUGCACUUUCUCAUUUUGCUGUUUAACAAGCCGUGUAAAUAUAUCUUUCCAUAAUGCGCUUUGUUUAUUUUGGCGAGUAUAAUUAAGGACUUCAGUCUUAAUUUUGGUUGGAGUGUUGUGUUUUAAUUUCCAUUUGUUUAUUUGCAAAGUAACAACUUAAAUGUUUCUUCUUUUGUUGUUUUGGUUUAAACAUGGUGCGUACAGAUGCCGUGCAAUUCUAACUGAAUGAGUAACCAGUUUGAUGGUUGUGUUCCCUCAGUAUUUUUAAAUUAAAUAUUAUAUGUUAAAUCCACCGAAUGGACCUCACAGAAGUAUGUGUACAUGCAGGGUUCUGCCUAGAACUUUUUGAGUGGUAGAAAUAUUCCAAAGUGUAAAAAGAAUGAAUUUAUUACAUGUAUGCUUACAGUACUAUGACUGGUGGCUCAGCAGUAUGAGGGGCAGCAACAGUGCUGGUGGAACAUUAAAGUCCCGAAUGGACCUGAUCACAAUCUGUCAUUCUCGGCAGAACCUUGCAAAUGAUAUGAAUGAGUCGUUUUGAAUGGGUACUGCACUACUGAAUCAAUAUUCUUUCAGUUCACAUAUACAUUCUAGUCAAAUUUAGUGUGUAACCAUGACAAAUAAAGGCUUGGAGUUAAUGUUAUUAUCCUCAUUCUUUUAAAUAAUUGGUUACAUAACAAUUUGUGUUUUGUUAAAUCAAUGUCUUCAGUGCAUGUCUGAUGUUGCUAUCAAUAAUUGAAUUUAAUAAACAAAACAAAUGCAUCGAAGUUCAACUUGUGCUCUUCUAUUUUAUGAAUGUAUUGUUAUGGUAAUGGUUUGGAAAUUAUAUUAUUCCCCUGCUCCUACUUGGGGAAAAUAAAACAAUUCCAAGAUUUCUAUUGUGUAAUAAUCUACAGUACAUAAAUGUGCAGAACAGUAUACUUGUUUCUUGUUUGCUAAAUGUUUUUUUAAAGUAAGAUAAUGAAUAAAUAUUGUGUGUGUUAUUGUGUGAUUUUGAGCAAGCUAUUUUCUAUAACUAGUCUCAAAAUGUGUACACUAAACUGUACAGAAACAGGCUAGCCAGAUUUGUUAUCACUUUCAAAAAUAUGUUGUUGUGUUUUAAAAGGGCGAUGCAAAGACCAGUAACUACAGUAAGUGUAACAGUGAAUAAUGAUGUUGUUUUACAGUAGAGAUAUUUAGUUUUGACUUUCCUGGACAAAGUCAGAAGGUGAGAUAUAGGUAAAACUUUUCCUAAAAGUUGUAAUCAUACACAGUAAUGACUGCAUCAACAUUUGAAAUUAACUCUAUAUUAAGUUUUUAUAUUUAAUUUUUCACAAAUCAAAAAUUAUUUUUUAUUCCGAUUCCCAAAAUCAAUUUAAUUUGUAAGAAUUCUUGUUUGAUAUAAAAUUAAUAAUUCUAACAAUAUACAAAUUAUUGUGAUAGAUCAACAAUGAAGACAUUAAAAUUGUAGAAAAUUAACUACAGUGAGACCUCUCAAGACCAGACCCUCUAUAAACCAGAAUUCCCUCAAAACUGAUGUUUUACAGAGUCCUUAAUUAGAAACCAGUACAGAACUUAACCUCUCUAAACCGGAUCCCUCUUAAUACCGGACAUUUUUAUUGAUCCCAGAUGUCCAGUUUAGAGGGGUUUUACUGUAGUUUAAAAACACACACAAAAGAUUGCCGAGUCAGUCAGUUGUUUAAAAUGAAACAUGAUAGAUAGAACUUCCUGUAAAUGUUUAGUCAUUACCGACAAAUUUUCUUUCAAUGUUAUCUGGUUUAUGCUAAAUUAAUGUUUGGCAUCACCUUGAUCUGAACCAGCAGUCACUUUUAUCAGUCACUUUCAUCAAUUAAGAGAGAUGUAUUUCAAAGAAAUUGUUAAUUUUAGUAUGGAUUUUUUUCUAAAUUAAAAACAUCAAAGGUUUGCAUAAAUGCAACAACAAAUUUUUGUACUAUAAUAUUGUUCAAUAAUGGGUGCACUACAGCUAUUCUAAAAUAAUGAGCUUGUAAAAAAGCAAAUAUUUGCCAUUUUUUUUUGUAUAUUGUUAAACCUUGAAAACUACUAUUUUGCAUGUAUAAUUUUACAUAUGGUGGCAUUUAUUUAAUUAAUAAACUGGUUUUCAAUUA